AUGGUGUGCGAUGGUAGCGCCAUGCUGUGCCUGGAGUCGCUGAUGGCGCGGUGGCGCGAGCGCGGGCAGCGAGCGGACAGGGAGGGCGAGCGAAGGGCUCGCUCACGCAGCCUCUGCUCCUCCGCAGCGGACGGCAGUCUACUGCAGCUCUUGCACAGGCGAGCGAGCAGUGCUAUAAUAGAAUUAAAAGUACUGGAUGAGGAGAAGAGAAACCCAUUAAACGAAUUUUCCUGA